AUUUGGCUUGGCACUAUAUCAAGAUUUAUUACUUCUAGGAUCAUCAGUAAUCUGUAAAUUUUUUGUGCUUUUGUCACUAACUUGAACUCUGGUUAUUUUGGUCGUUAACAGCUGGACUAUUAAGAAUGGAAUUAAUCAAACGCAACAAAACUGCAAUGCUGAUUGGCUGCAACGCAAAUGCUAUCAAAUCAUUCGAGGAUGAUGUUGAAGCAGACGACGACUUUGACGCAGCAUCUGUUGACGUGAAAGAGCGCGUGAAGAGAAGCCCGUGGGGGAACAUUUGGCGUCACAUGGCAAAGGGUGCAUCGGUGGCAGCUAAGAACGUGGCAAAAUCAAGUGCAAUUGCAGCUCGAAACAUUGCAAAAGCUGCUUCAAGUGCGGAUGCAGCAAUUUUGAAGGCAAAACAACAGGCAGAGGAGAACAACGAAAACGCUAGAAGAAGAUACUGUGAGUACUGCCAAGACAGUCAAGAUUACACAGUAUGCGAUAAAUACAACAAUCUCUGUUAGGAACAUUUGCCUAAGAACAUUAUCUUAAAGACGUUAUUAAUAUACCAACAAUAUAUUUCUAUGAAAUCAUUAAAAUAUGUAGAAAUUAUAUAGAAAAUAGAGAAAGUGCGUAGUACUGUCAAACAAUAAUAUUGUUUUUUUUUCAUGUAAUAAUCUAUACGAGGAAGGCAAAGGUAA